AAAGCCCUCUCGAAACGGGACUCUUUUGCUCUCUCUCUAAAAGCCACUCGGCCACUUUCUCUCUCUCUACCUAUACGUACAACUGAUGCAGAUAACUCUUUCUAUCAUUACACUCCUACCUCCUCGCCGGCUCGAGGGAAAGAAAAAUUCGCGAGGGUUUUUUUGAUACAAAUAUAUUUAUUCAUCGAUUUCGGCGUCAAUAAUUGGGAAUAAAGAAACUAACAAUCAUGGCGAUGGAAAUCGAUCAGUCUGAAGAUAACGUCGCGAAGAAGCUUAAAGAAAAUGAGGAGGCUGUUACUAAGGAUCUUAAUAAUUUUACUAGUAUUGGCGGGUCGGGCUCUGGAUCUCUUUCUGUGGAAAAUGUAAAUAGUUCAAAUUCGGACUUGUCAUAUCAUGAUGAUGGAAAUGACAAACAAGAUGCAGUUGAUGAUGAUGUUUCUGACUAUGAUGAUAAUGAUGAUUACAUGUUCGAUGAUGACGAUGAUGAUGGUGAUUACUUGAGUAUGCAAGCACAGUUUGAUAAUGUGGAUUUGCCUCCAGGUGUGGAGGCCUCGGUUUCUUGGCUGCAGGCAUCUUCCAUGAGUGCCAGUAUACCAACUCCUCCAGCAGUGACAACCCAAUUUCAUACUGCAGCUCCUUCUGCAGAUGCAGGGAGCUCUUCCUUUGUGAAUCUGUGUCCCCAUAAAAAUGAAAUUUCUGCUUCAAGCAGUUCAGCUGUGACCGUAGAGUCAAGUUCAAAUGGCAAAGAGAAAGAGGAGAGUGAGGAUGAAAUUAUGAGAAAGUAUGAAGCUUUCAAAUCGUUUGAUACCGUUGAAGAUUUUUCUGACCAUCAUUAUACUAACAUGGGCUUUAAAGGUCAACAGCCACCAAAGGCAUGGACAAAGAAGAUACACGAUGAGUGGAAAAUUUUGGAGAAGGAUUUACCUGACACAAUUUUUGUGAGAGUGUAUGAAGCAAGGAUGGAUCUCUUAAGGGCCGUUAUUGUAGGACCACAGGGAACUCCAUACCAUGAUGGUCUUUUUGUCUUUGAUGUUCACUUUCCUUCUAACUACCCAGAUGUACCCCCGAUGGUUUACUACUAUUCUGGUGGCUUGCGCCUAAACCCUAACUUGUAUGAUUGCGGAAAAGUCUGCCUCAGCCUUCUUAACACAUGGAGUGGUAAGGGAAAUGAGAAGUGGAUGCCUCAGACAUCAACCAUGCUGCAAGUUCUAGUAUCUAUUCAAGCUCUAAUUUUGAAUGCCAAACCCUUCUUCAAUGAGCCCGGUUAUGACACUCAUUAUGUUGGAGCUGAGGGGGAGAGGCGUUCUAAGGAGUACAAUGAGAAUGUAUUUAUCUUGUCAUUGAAGACAAUGAUGUACACACUUAGGAGGCCUCCCAGGCAUUUUGAGGACUUGGUUGCUGGUCAUUUCCGUAUUCAUGCAUGUGAUAUUCUCACAGCCUGUAAAGCUUAUAUGGAGGGUGCUCCAGUAGGCUCUCUGGUCAAAGGAAAAGCACCUGAUGUUGAAGCUGCUGACAAGAGUAUGUCAAAAGACUUUAAGGAAGCAGUUGCUAAAAUGAUGAAUGGACUCGUUUCCAACUUUACCAAGUACGGUGCAAAGGACUGCGAACAGUUCCGUCUUCCUCGCUGAUCAUGUUGGUGGUAGGAUCACAGAGUAUGGAAGAUACGGCUGUUUUUGAAGCUCUGAGUCCGGGCAUGGUACUCCAGGCUUUUCACACCACUGCACAGCACUACUACAUAUAUAGAACUCUUUUUCAGACUUUGAUUAAGUUGUAGAUAAGCUAGGUAUAUUAGAGAUUAGGGGAUGCCUUUAUUGUUGAUAUGCUUAUUGCAAAUCUCUGAACAUGCCUCCUAUUUCAUGGAAGUUUUUAUUUAGUGCCUGCUGAUAGUGUGUUUGGGUGUG